AUGUCAACAACUGGUGGUGGUUACCUUGAUCAAUUGAAGGAACAAAAAAAUAAAAAAAAAAUUUUAAAUGUUAUUUUUAUUACCCCUUUAGGUUAUAAAAAGAUUGAUGCAAAUGCUAGUACAUCUAAUGUUGAUCAUGAAACUUGGGUUAAUUUUUUGAAAUGGUUUUACGACAAUAAUAGUAACUACUUCUACUAUGCAAAUGGAAUGGAUUCAAGUGAACUUGCGGAACCAAUCAAAAAGAUAACGGAAAGUAAUUAUACUAACAAUCCUAAUAUAAAUCAAAUUUUGAGUAGUAAAGAAAAAUUGGAAAAAUUAUUGAAAUUGCAUUAUUUUGGACAAAAUGUUGGAGAUAUUCAAACCAUACUGGAUAACCAAAACCAUAGUAGUUACAAAAAUGCUUGUGAAUUUGUCAAUGAAUGUCUUCAUAUAUUUAGAGAGUUUAAAAAAGAUUAUUGUGAAGUUGGCACAACAAGUAAUUAUAAAGGUAGCACUGUUUGUAAGCAGUUAGACGAAUUUCUCGAUAGGUAUGAAUAUAGUCUUUACAAACCUUUAAAAAGCCAUAAUAAAAUGUCGUCCUUAGUGGAUUAUCCAGAAUCAGCUCAAGUAAGAUGUGAUAUAAGUGAUUCAUUGUAUUAUACUCCAUUUUGGAGUUUGUAUAAAACCAAUUCGGAAGAAUUUUCAGUAUUAGGAAAUUUUGUUGUUUCUGGUUUUGUCAUGUUUGCCGUAUACUUAAUUCUGCUAAUUUUGUACAAGUUUACACCCAUCGGAUUGCACUUUAGCCCAGGAGGCCAAAGAAAAGCAAGACGAAUAUGGAGAAAAGUGGAAAUGGAUCAGUUCAGAGAUUCUGGAAGUAGCUUAUACAGUGAUGAUAACGAGAGUGAAUAUGCAGACAAUUACGAGUCAUCUAGCACGUUCGUGUAUGGAAAUAAUAGAUAUUAUUAA